AUGCAGGCAGCCCCUCUCUUCGCCGCCCAGGCGGCCCGCGACGCGGCCCCUUUGGCCGUCACGACGCCCACGUCCACGAAUAGAAGACCGCCCUCCGUCGACGACACGAACGCCCAGGGCGCGUCUUCUCUCCAUUUGCUCGCGGCGCAGGGCUCGAGCGAGGGCCUCGCUGUUCUUUUAGCGCACGGCGCGGACCCGAACCUGCGGGGCGCGCGCGGGCGCACUCCAUUACAUUACGUCGCUGACGGGACGAACGACGACGACGACCUGGACGGCGCCUACGCGACGUGCGCGUCGCAGCUCCUCGACGCGGGCGCGACGGUGGACGCGCGCGACGCGGCGGGGCGCACGCCGCUCGCCGUCGCCGUGCAGGCGGGCCGGCUCAGCCUGGUCCGGGUCCUGCUCGCGCGGGGCGCGUCGCUCGUCGCCGACGACGCGGGGAACUCGCCGCUGCACCUCGCGGUCGCUGCACCUGACUGCCUCGAGGCGCUGCUGCGCGCGGACGGCGACCGGUCCGGCCGGCCGCGCGACGCGAACACCAAGACCGCCGUGGCCAUCUACGAGCGCGUCCGGCGCGGCGGCGCGCCGCGCGGGCGGCGGCCGACGCCGCCGCCGCCCCGCCCGAUGAGCCCGGCCUCGCCGCCCACGCCCACCAAGAUCGCCAUCCCCGCGGCGGCCUGGCGCGAGGGCAAGGACGACGACGACACGGACUACACGCCGUCGCCGUCGCCCCGCGCGCAGCAGGCGCCGCCGGACGCCUGGGCCGAGCCGCCCCGCGCGCCGCCGCCGCCGCGGCCGGACGCCUGGGUCGAGUGCUGGACCGAGGCCGGCGACAAGUACCUCUGGAACGAGAGCACGCAGGAGUCGAAGUGGGCCGACGCGCCGGACGCCGCGCAGCUCUGCGCCGCGACGGCGCGCCUCGACGUGAUGGAGGUCAAAAGCUUGCUCGAGGCGGGCGCGCCGCCGUCGGCGCCCGCGGACACCGUCGCGAACGUGACGCCCCUGCACGUCGCGGGCCGCGCGGCCGCGGCGCUGCCGGGCCACGACGCCAAGGGCGUGGUGCAGACCCUCUGCGACUUCGGCGCGGACCUCGACGCGCGCGACAGCCGGGGCAACACGCCGCUCCACGCGGCCGCGGGCGCGGGCGCGGCCGCCGCCGUCGCGGCCCUGCUCGACGCGGGCGCCGACGCCGCCGCGCGCAACACCAACCAGGACACGCCGCUCCACAGCGCCGUGUGGCACCGGCGCGACGCCUGCGCGUCCCUACUCGUGCGCUACGGCGCGCCGCUGGGCGCGCGCAACCGGCGCGGCCGGUCGCCGCGCGCGCACGCCAAGGCCCGGCGGCGGCGCGACCAGUCGGGCAAGGCGACGCCGCGCGCGUCCGUGGCCGCGCAGCGCGCCGACGCGGCGGCGCUGGCGGCCAUCUGUGGGUUGCUGGAAGGUGCGACCGCCGCGCGCUCGCCGAAGCGGUCGCCGCCGCGGCGCUCGCCGCCGCGCGCGUCGCCGCCGCGGGACAUUCCCAUCUCGCCGUCGCCCUCGGUCCUCGCCGCCGAGAAGAUGCUGGACGACGAGGAGUUCUUCGACGCGGUCGUGGCGUCGCCCACGGUGGGCCCGCCGCCGAAGGUGCCGUUCUACGCGGUGGACCGGUCGACGGACGACUCGACGGUGGAGUCGCAGGGCUUCCGCGACCCGGCGCCCCGGCGCCGGGACCCCGAGGUCUCGCCUGGCUGCGCCGGGUCGCAGAACCCGCUCUACAUCUCGUCGCCGACGGCGUCGUCGAUAGGGACAACGCCGCGCGGGUCGGUGCGGUCGGCGAAUUCGACGCCGCGGGCAGCCUUCCUCGACAACCCCGACGUGAUCGCAGAUAUCAAUCGCGAACGCGAGAAGCGGACGCCGCCGUCCGGUCAGGCGUCGCCGCGCCUGGGCAUCGCGGCGCGCGCGGCCGCCAUCUUCCGGCGGCGAUCCAUGGGCUCGCCGCGCAACAACGCACCGCCGUCGAAAUUCGACACGGGCUCCUUUAGCUUCCACGCAUCGGGCGCCGCGGCGGCGGACCUCCAGCAAGCACGCGACCGCCUCCAGGCCGAGGCGGACGAGUCCCCGCCGGCUUCCCCGGCGGCGCGGUCGGUGACUGACUUCGAGGGCUUCGGCGUCUCGCCGCCGCGGCGCGACGUCGAGCUCGAAAACGCCGAGGACGCGGUGCGCGCCGCGGCGGCGAAGAUCGGCGCCAAGGUGGCGCCGCCGUCGACGACCGUUGACGUGGACGUCGAGACUAAGUAA